AUGGAAUUUUCAUUGUACAAGCGAAGGUCUGUGUGGUCACACACUUAUGUGAUUCCAACGUAUUUCUAUCCAGUGGCGUUCUGGGCAGGGACACAAUUUACGUUUGGAGAAGCAGGCACAAAUGGGUGUGCAAUUUGUGUGUUUUUAUUGGCUUUAAUCCAAGGAUUCUUAUUUCUUUCCUCAUUCUGGGGGAGUAAAGUGUACGAGAUUUCAAAGUUAAUGAAAGUUGCAAAUGCAGAAGAUGCUGAGAUGAUCAAAAUAUCAAAAAAACAAGUGAUGAACAGCAAGUCAAAGGUCGGAUUUGCACCAGUACUUUCAAAGGUUGUGGUGAUUAAGGACAAGAAAGAGAGAGUUAAGUGGUUUGAGUUUGAUAAUGAUGUUUUCUACUUUAAUGGGAGUGCGAUUAAGAAGUUAGAGAUAAAAACAGACUUCUCUCUUGAGAGGUACUUGGCCAAAAAAGUUGGUGUAUCAGACAUGCUUACGGAGACAGAGAGAAUUAUCUGCCCAAAGAAUGAGUUUAAGAUUGAACCGCCCACAUUCAUAAGGAUGUUUGCAGAGCAUGCGGUGAGCCCAUUCUUUGUGUUUCAGAUAUUCUGUGCACUUCUUUGGAUGCUUGAUGAGUACUGGAAAUAUUCUCUCUUUACGUUCUUUACAAUAAUUGCAUUUGAAGGGGGAAUGGUCUUCCAGAGACACACAAACAUUAAACAGCUUAGAAGUUUGAAUCUUAAGCCACAGAAAAUACUGCGGGUAGCUAAUGAGAAGAAGGAGGAAGUUCUUAGCUCGGAUUUAGUGCCUGGUGACAGGGUUAUCAUAGAGGGAGCCAUACAGCUGCCAGCAGAUGUCCUAAUUAUAAAGGGGUCUGCAGUGGUGAAUGAGUCUAUGCUUUCUGGCGAGGCCACUCCAGUGCACAAAGAGGCCAUUCUUAAGGAGGAUAUAAAUCUUUCCCUAUCCCACCACAAGAAGAACAUUCUUUAUGGGGGAACAAAAAUACUGAAAGUAGAUGAAAAGGGCAUUGAGUGCAUUGUGAUUAGAACUGGGUUUAUGUCAGAGCAGGGAGAGCUAAUUAAAUCCAUGAUAGCAUCAGAAGACACAGUAAGUGAGAACAACUAUGAAGCGUACUUGUUUAUUCUGGCUAUGCUGGUAUUUGCAGUGAUUUCUUGUGUAUAUGUAGUGCGUGAGAGUCUAUCCAUGGGGAAGACAUUGUACAAAAUUGUUCUGGAGUGCAUUAUGAUAUUGACAAAUGUAGUUCCUCCUGAGCUUCCCAUGGAGCUUACAAUUGCGGUGAACUCAUCUCUGCAGGAGCUAGUGGGCCUGGGUGUUUACUGCCUAGAGCCAUUUAGAAUUCCCUUUGCAGGGAGAAUAACCGUCUGCUGCUUUGAUAAGACAGGAACACUGACCGAGCUGAACCUUCAGCUGGAGAAAGUGGAGGCAAGUAACAAGGCUAUGGCACACACAAUUAUUGGAACGUGCCACUCCCUGGUGCUUUUGAAUGGAAAGGUUGAGGGUGAUCCACUGGAUACGUGUGGUUUUGAGUAUGUAAAGGGCUCUCUUCUCACAGACACUCAGAUAUCCAUUGAUAGCAAAGAGUACACGGUGAUUAAGAAGUUCUCAUUUGACAGUGCUCUUAAAAGGGCAACCUCCAUCAUACAGGCAGAUGGAUCUUUCUUUACUGUUAUGAAAGGUGCCCCAGAGACUGUGCAAGAGUUCUUAGAGAAGGUUCCAGAGAACUACAGUAGGUUUGAAGAGUUCGCAGAAAAGGGGUACAGAGUGAUUUCUCUGGCAACAAAAAGACUCGGCACGCUUUCUAAGCAGCGGCUAAGUACACUCGAUAGGAGUGAAAUAGAAAGCGGCAUGGAGUUCAUCGGAUUUGCAUUCUACAACUCAAAGCUAAAGGACAAUGCAAAGGAGACCAUUUCACACUUAAAGGAGAGUGGGCAUAAGAUAAUUAUGAUAACAGGAGACAACGAGAAAACAGCAAUCAGUGUAGCAAAGCAAGUAGGGUUAUACAAUGAGAAGUACCUCAGUGGAAGCACCCAGAUUGAAAAGUUCUUGGAUGAAGUAUCUCUGCUCCCAGAAAAAGAGAAGAAAUCAGUUGUAUGGCCUUCAGUGUUGGCCCGUGCCGACCCCGACUCAAAGGAAAAGGCAAUUUCUCUUCUGAAUGCGAUAGGAGAGUAUACGCUCAUGUGCGGUGAUGGAACAAAUGAUGUCGGUGCACUGAAAACAGCACACGCAGGUAUUGCACUCCUAGAGAAAACAAAAGGGAAAGGAAAGGCAGUUGCCCUCCCAGGAAAUAUCGGGCAGUCCAUGUUCAUACUGGACGAAGAGGUUAAAGUAAAACUAGGAGAUGCAAGUAUCGCAGCCCCAUUCACUUCCCGUACAGGAUCUCUCCAGUCAGUCAUUGAUGUAAUCUCUAGGGGCCGCUCUGCACUGGUAAGCACUGUACAGAUGUACAAAGUCCUUGCUUUAAACUGUCUUCUAUCUGCGUACACUCUCAGUGUAUUCGAUACAAUGGGAAUAAAGUAUGGCGAUUUCCAGAUGACUGCAGCAGGAAUACUCUCUGCAGUAUCUUUCACAUUCUUUGGUAAGGCACAGCCCCUGCCAAGAAUCAGCAAGGAGAAGCCCGUUGCUAAAAUAUUCAGCAAGUACAUCGUAAUAUCAGUUAUACUGCAGACACUUGUACAUAUUCUAUCGUUCUAUUACAUAUACCUUGGUGUGAUAGAGUAUGGAUCUAUUGUUAUGCAGGAGAAGUUCACUCCAACACUUGCUAAUACUGCCAUGUUCCUUCUGGGCUCUGCCCUGCAAGUGACUACUUUAGUGGUAAAUUAUGUUGGUAGGCCAUUUAGGGAGAGUCUUACAGAAAACAAAAAGCUUUUGAAUUCUUUACUUCUCUCCCUGGGGAUGGUUGUUCUGUGCACGUUAGAAGCCAUCCCAGAGAUAAACAAAGAAAUGCAGUUUGUAGAAAUACCAGCAAAAAUGAAAAUGAAACUGCUUGCCACAAUCGGUGCAAACUUUAUUCUGUGCCAGGGCAUAGAGAAGGUUUCAUUUGAGCUGUUCAUGCGCCGGCCUGCAUCUGAGCAGAUUUAUGAUAAAAAUAAGUAGGACUUAUUACACAUUGUAUUUAUUUUAUACGCGGAUGUUCAGGAUUAACUGGGCAGUGUGUAAUUAAUUUUAUACAAUAAUAAGAUAAAUAAAUCAUUAAGCCCGAA